AUGUCUCAACAGCCUCAUGCAAUUGUUUCUUUCGCUCCCUCAUCAAAUUGUUUUGUAAAUCUUCCAUUUAAAUGGGUCCAAUAUCUUUCUGAACAAAACCAGUUACCACAAAAUGUUAUUCUAGAAUUAUCUUGGCAUGACGCUAAAAUUGCACAAGGUAAAGCAUAUGUUGGGUGGUCUGGACUUCCUUCAAAAGCUGAUCAUUCCGAAACUAUCGAGAUAGACCCGCAAUUUGGCGAAGCUAUUGGUUUACACAAUGGUCAAAAAGUUUAUGUUAAAUUCGAGGAUAUAUUACUGGAAGCCAGUUCUGUAGAAGUUGAACCAAUUAGCUCUGAUGAUUGGGAAAUAAUAGAACGUAAUAGUAAAUAUUUAGAAGACUGUUUUAUUAAUCAACAACGCGUCGUGUAUCCCAAUGAGGGACCUUGCGCUAAAUUAAGCGAAAAUACUGAAAUUUUUGUGGCGCCCAAGUCAAGAAAGACAAAAAAUAGUGCAGAAAUUAAAGAUAUCGCGUCAAAUGGCGUUUUUAAUGCUCGUGUAUAUUGUUUGCGCGUUUUACCUCAGGCGUUUCUUUCUUCUGAUUUAUUGCAACCGAGUGCCAAUGAUUUCUGUACAAUAUAUAUUCAUCCGAGUGAUCUUGCACGAAUCGGGCUUCCAAAUCCUAAAAUUGUACGUGUAUCUAAAGUACAACCACCCUAUCAAAACAAGGAAACUGAAGAUAAAUCAGACAACGAUGGCAGAAACAAUUCACUACCAGCAUUAUAUGUUAAAGUACUGGAGAAAGGCAGCGUAGUCCCUGGCCAUAUCGUAUUGUGUGAGAGUAUAAUGGAUGUCCUGGAUGUGCAGAAGUUUGAUAUCAUUCGCUUAGCUCUUCCGCAUUUCCAUUCUACUUCAUUAACUCACAUAAUAAUUCGAUGUAUAUCAAGCCCUUUUCAAUCUGCUUCGCUAAAGCCUCAUUCCAGCGCUAGUUCAACAUCUGUAGAUAAAUCCGCAACUUCUGCUAUAACCACAUCAAUUAAUGCAUGGAUUGAGAAGCUAUCAACAUCUUUAGAUAUUGUCUUGACAAAUGGGAUGAAAUUAUCGUCGUCUUUGACAAAUAGUGAUAUAAACGUUGCAGUUUUCUUUGGUGGAAAAUCGAUUAGUCAAAAUGAUGGUCGGCACGGAAGAAACGAUUCUUCAGAAAUGUAUGCAAUAGUUUCAAAAAAUCAUUUGAAUAAUAUGAAAAUAGAAAUUGGUGACAAUAUAGCUUACGCUGACCAUAAGCUUUUAAAACAGCACAAUAAUAAUUAUCUUCCUAUACUAGCUGGUGUUGAAAAACUGUCUCAAAGGCUGCAAAAAUACCUUCGAUAUUGUCUUGGAAAAACGGAUUUACGGAAUAUUUUGCAUAUUCCAGGCAUGGGCGGAUUAUUAUUAUGUGGUGGACAUGGAUCUGGAAAAACUUGUAUUGCAAAAACUGUAGCUUCUUAUUUAGAGCGAGAUUUAAAUACUCUAGCAUAUUGCUCAGUUAUUAAAUGUACUGAAUUAUCAGAGGAUCGUAUAUCAUCUGUAAGAGAAAAGUUACAAACCUUUUUCGAUGAUGCUGCCUGGCAUGCGCCUAGUAUACUUCUGUUUGAUGACCUUGAUAGAUUAAUUCCAGCGGAAGUUGAGCAUGUGGAUUCUUUCAGAUUUCGGCAACUAGGCGAGUGCUUUUUCCACAUUGCAUCAAAGAUGCUAAAAAGGCAUCGUAUCACAAUUUUGGCGACAGCACAACAACAGUCUUCUAUUCACUCGUUCCUCACUACAAGUCACUUGUUCAGUGAAAUCGCUCAGUUAAACCCACCAACGAAAUCAGAAAGAUGUGAGAUUCUUAAGGCAAUAAUGUCUUAUGGUCCUGAACUUGCCAAAAAAAGUGUGUCGAACGUUGAUUUACUUUCUGUGGCAAGUGAAUGUGAAGGUUAUUUAGCAGCAGACCUUAGAACACUCGUGGAGCGAACAAUACACGAGGGUGCAGUUAGGAAUUUAGAAAACAACAUCAACGAAGCAGAUUUCUUAUUAAUUCAAGAUGAUUUUCGAAAAGCACAGAAAGGGUUUGUUCCUUCUUCACUUCGUGGUGUGAAAUUACACACUUCAAAUGUGAGCUGGACUGAUAUAGGAGGUCUUGAAGAAACUCGAAAGGUAUUGUUAGAGACAUUGGAAUGGCCUACAAAAUACGCGUCUAUUUUUGCCAAUUGUCCUCUUAGACUGCGAUCUGGACUCCUUCUAUAUGGAUUUCCUGGUUGUGGCAAGACAUUAUUGGCAUCAGCUGUCGCAAAAGAGUGUGGGCUCAAUUUUAUUAGUGUCAAAGGUCCUGAAUUAUUGAAUAAAUAUAUUGGCGCUAGUGAAAAAUCGGUGAGAGAUCUUUUUGAGCGAGCACAAGCUGCCAAACCUUGCGCCUUAUUUUUUGAUGAGUUUGAUUCUAUCGCUCCUAAAAGAGGACAUGAUAGCACAGGCGUUACGGACAGAGUGGUCAAUCAAAUGCUAACUCAAAUGGAUGGCGCUGAAGGCCUUGAUGGAGUAUAUGUCCUUGCUGCUACAAGUCGUCCGGAUCUCAUUGACCCCGCAUUAUUGAGACCAGGUCGUUUAGAUAAAUCAUUGUUUUGCAACAUGCCUACUUUACAAGAAAGAGUAGAGAUCUUGAAAGCUUUAGCCCGUAAGAUGGAUUUAAAUGAUGACGUUGAUUUAAGUUAUUAUGCAAAAAAAUGCCAAGGAUUUUCAGGAGCCGAUUUACAAGCAUUAUUAUAUAAUGCUCAUCUUGAAGCAAUUCAUGAAACUAUUGACUCUGAAAAAUCCUUAGAAAAGAAAACGUCAAGAUCUAAUGGUGGAGAUAUGCAGUUUGUCCGUUUUAGCGCAAGUUCGAAAAAUAGUGCUGCGUUCACGGCUGCUGAGAGAUCACAACUAACAGAAAGACUUGGACUCAUCAAAAAGGUCCUUUCACCUGAGAAAGUUAUAGAAGAAGGAAACGAGAAGGAACAGAAUAAGCGAUCGGCGAUAAUCACAAACAAGCAUAUGCAAAAUUCAUUAAAAAUUACACGACCUUCAAUAACACCACAAGAAUAUGCAAGAUUAGCUUCAAUAUACGAAGAAUUUAUUACUGGAAGAAAUGGGGAAAUGCCAAGUGGAAUAUCUAGUCAUGAAAUUGGGCAAAGUCUCCAUUUUCCAGGUAAUUUAGUAGAGGAUGAACGUGUUAAAGCUUCAUUUGACAUAGCAAGCGGUGAAUUGAUAAUACGGAUACCAAAGGAAACACCUGGAGAGGAAUUUCCGGAUCUGGAUAUGUUAACAAAGCUUUUAGCACCAAGAAAAAUUAAAGUGCCCGAAAGGCCAUCUAUUGAAAAUUUUGAGAAUAAUUUAGAACAAAAUAAAAAGUUUAAUAAACCUUUAAUUCAGGAGAUCAUCGACAAGUCUGAUGACCCUGAAACUCAAAAGAUACGGAAGCUAAUAGAAGAGGCAAAUACAUUUGAUUGGGAAUUACCGCAACAACUUCCAAAUGAAAAGGACAUUUUCCCAGUGACAGCCAGUUAUGGUUUUAACGGACUCUACUCUGGUUAUUUCACGCAUGUGCAAGAAACGUGUAAUGAAAUUAUCGAGAUAACUGAUAUAGAGAAUUCUACAUUUGAAUCCCGUCGUCGAGAUCGAAUCAAAGCUGAAGAUGAUAAAUUUGACCCAGAUCAUGCCGAUUUUAUGGAUGUUCAGGAGAUAAAGCACCUUAUAAAAUUCAAGACUAAUUGGACGAAGCUACUCAAGCGAAUACAAGUUAUUAAAAAUAACGCGGGUGUGGAUGAUGAUAAAGAAAGCUUGCGCGAUACUAUAGCUGAGUCGAAAGUGUAUGAAGGCGAAAUUACAGUAGAAUCUUCGUGGACGAUCGGAAAGUUAAGUCCAACUAUAUCAUGCCUUGAGGUUGAAACAAUUAUUGCAUUAUUUCGUCGAUCAUUAUCAUAUCCGUGGCGUCGAAAUUUUGAGUUAUCAGAAAAAUGCCUUGACGACGUAUAUGUUCUUCUAAAGCUAGGCCGACGAGCGAUUUUAAAGGUUUUGCUUGAAAUGAAGGAUAUAUUUGAUCACCAUGAUAUUUAUUACGUGUACUCCAAGAUAUGGUUGGAUGAUUAUUGUAUUUGGUGUCAAACUAAAGCCAAUGAUAAGAUUAUUCGAUUAUUAGCACAUAAUAUUCAUCAUUUCAAGGUGCCAAAAUCCAAAAUUGGAUGGCAUUUGGAAGAAUAUGAACAAUUGGCGUUAGAAGACCAAUGCGAAAAUUAA